AUGGACAAAGACUAUUAUAAAGACAAAAUAUUGGAAAUAUUAACAAACGAAACGUACUACAAGGAAGAACCAAGGCACUCAGAAAAAACAAUAAUAAAUAAAAUCAGAAGGCUAAUAAAUGAAUUCCAAGAUUCUUUCAUUGACAAGGAAAAAGAGUAUAUAUGCAACUCUGUUAUCAAAGAGAGCAAUUUUUACAGAUUGCCUAAAAUCCACAAAAGCCCCGAAAUACAAAAUGCCGUAAAUGAGCAGAAGAACCAAUACGUAAAAUUACUAAGACCUGCUGACCUCAAACUAAGGCCAAUAGUUCCUGGACCUCAAGCUCCAGCACAACAGCUAAGUCACUUUCUUGAUAUACUCAUAAAACCUUUGUGCCCAUUAAUACCUAGCUAUGUACAGGAUGGCAUAGAUUUCAUCCAACACAUUCCCCCCACUGUUGCAGAAGGUACUAUACUAGCAAGUUUUGAUGUUACUAAUCUCUAUACGAAUAUACCUCACAGUUUAAGCCUAGAAGCAAUCAAACACUGGGUGGAAAAACAUAGAGAACGGAUAAAUGAUCGCUUCAAGACUGACUUCAUCACCAAGGCCACACGUCUUGUGCUAGAGGAAAAUACCUUUAAAUUUGAUAACAAAACAUAUCGGCAGAUAAAGGGCACGGCUAUGGGUACGCGAUUUGCGCCCUCAUAUGCAAACUUAGUUAUGGGAUACUUAGAAGAAAAGCUCUAUGAGGAAGUGGAAAAGACUUUUGACCAAGAAUACAAAAAACAUAUCAUUAAAAAAUGGAAACGCUUCCUGGAUGAUUGUUUCAUUUUUGGGGAAAAAUCGACUGAAGAUCUAAAUACGAUUAUGGCUGAAACUAACACCACUACAGAUGAAACUAACAACGUCACCACCGAUGAAAACAGAACCACUUCACCAGUAAGUUAUUUAAGAAAACGUAAGUACUUUUCUCAUUUUAAUUGGACUCAACAACUAAACCACGAUUUACUUCGGUGCCAUGAAAAAGACCGAGAUGACCCUUCAAUCGAAUACAUGAAGCAGUUAAAACAAUACUGGGACGAAGCUCUUCCCAACUUAAAUACCUUCACGGCGAAACAGCUACGAUAA